AUGUCCGUGGAAUAUGAAGAGAAAAAGAUUCGUCGAACGCCUGGCCAGGGCAUCACAAUCUUCCAUCAGCACGAGUACCCUGAUGUUGAUAUACUUGCGGUUCCAGGCUUGGGAACGGAUCCUGUGGAAUGCUGGACGCGCAAUACGGACAAGAAACCACACUCCAGCUCUGCAACAGAUGCGCUCGAGGCCGAAGGUGCACCUCCUCGUGCUCCGCAAAAGAAUGGCGGCUUCAACUGGCUCCGAGAUCCAGAUGGACUGGCAUCUGUCUUCCCAAAGAGUCGCAUCAUGGUACACCAUCAAUUAGCGGAAUGA